AUGCAGCAGUACGCCCAGCACGUUGUGAGUGCCAUGAAGGCACAAGGCGCCACGUUCCUUUCGGGCGCUUCGGACCCGAACGGUGUGGCCAAUUGGGUAUCGGCUAACCGCGGAAUGGCGGCGCAGCAUUUUGGUGGAAGCUGCUACGCAUCAAGCGACGCGUCUGCGGGAUCGAAGCGCUGCGCUGACAACAAGUUGCGUGUGCUGGGCACGAGCAACAUUUUUGUUGCGGAUGCCAGUGCUAUGCGCGACGGCACCGUGAACCCGUACGGCUUCAUCAUGUACACCGGCCGUGAGGCUGCCGGUCAGGCCGCCAGCUACAUUUCCACUGGUGGAGCCGGUAGUGCAUUGGCAAUUCAGAAAGCAGCUCAGGGUGCCACAUGA